CAACAAUUCACUAACCACCGAACAUGCACCACGAGCUCAUUGACAUUCGUUGAAGCCCAGAUCCUCUCUCUCUCUACGCGGACCCUUGGUAUCCUCUGAGGUGGUGGUCGCACAACCUUGUUCUUGACAGGUAGUCCCUCUUCCAGUCCUGAAAGCAAGACACACUGUAAUAGCGCUGCCUGCGGGCCUCCCCACCUCCCAAAGAGAUGGACGAUCACGGUGAUUUUGACAGCAUCUCGUGGCAGCGAGAGGAUACAUCACAAGCCGAAGGUUCCGCUCCCUUCGAAGCCACCCUACCCGCGAGGCCUGCGAAUGGCGGCCGCAGAAGUGAGAGCAUGUCGAGCGAACCCCAGGCCGGCGAACAGGCGGACGAUGUCGACCUGGCAGGGAUAGGUCGUGAUGGCAUCCUAGAGGUCACGGUGGACAGUCCUUUGAAAGAGAAUGACGGGACCAAAGAUGCCUACGUAUCAUACCUGGUGACCACACAUACGGACUUCAAGUCCUUCCAGAGGUCCGACUUUUCUGUCCGGCGACGGUUCACAGACUUUGUCUUCCUCCGACAGACCCUCCACCGAGACUUCCCCGCCUGCGCAGUCCCUCCUCUGCCGGAGAAGAACAACAUGGCCUACGUGAGAGGUGACCGGUUCAGUAACGAGUUCACGCAGAGAAGAGCGUGGUCACUUCAUCGCUUUCUGAAGCGAUGUACCCUCCACCCGGUUCUCCGGCGCGCACCAAUACUGAUCCUCUUCCUCGAAACGGCGGACUGGAACGCGCAGAUGCGCAUGAGACCGUCGAGGAGUAAUACGAUUGAGAGUGGGAAUGCGGCGGCGCCGACAGGAUUCUUCGAUAACGUCGCGGAUACCAUGCUCAACGCGUUUUCAAAAGUGCACAAGCCCGACAAGAGAUUCAUCGAGGUCACGGAGAGGGCGAACAAGCUUGACGAGGAUCUGACCCACGUGGAAAAGAUCAUUGCGAGGGUGGCGCGUAGGGAAAAUGACCUCGAGGUCGACUAUGCGGACCUGGCGACCAACAUGCGCAAAUUGACCCCCUUGGAACCGGCCAUCGAGGCCCAGUUGCAGACCUUCGCCGGCUGCGUGGAAGAAACGUCCAGGGGUUGGAAGGGCCUGAAGGAUCACACCGACCAAAACUAUCUGGGGAGUCUCCGAGACAUGGAAGCCUACAUCAACUCGGUGAAAUCUCUACUGAAGACGAGGGAGCAGAAACAGCUCGACUUUGAAGGGUUGACGGACUACCUCCAGAAAGCCACCUCGGAAAGAGAUUCGCUGGCCUCGAGUAAUCCGUACUCCCACGGCUCGAAUUUGAACCCGGCCACGUUCAUCCGCAACAAGGUGGAAGACAUGAGGGGCGUCGACCACGAGUCGGCACGGAGAGAACGAGCUCGGAAGUUGGAGCUCAAGAUCGCCGAGCUGAAUCGCGAGGUCGACAGUGCAAAGGGGACGAGCGAAAUGUUUGACGAGCAGGUCGUCCGAGAGGUGGCCGAUUUUGAGAGGAUAAAGGGGAUCGAAUUCCGGGACAGUCUCGGGGCGUUGGCUUCACAGCACAUGGAGUUCUACCAGAACGUGAUCUCGACGUGGGAACGCUUCCUGGUCGAUAUGGACGCGGACAGUAAAGACAAGGGCCGGGCGACGUGAGUGAAUGGGCGCGGGGGGGAAGACCAACAUCGAGCUGACAUGGAGGCCGUGUAAUGUUUUUAUAUUUUCUUGCAGCACCAUGAGCUAAGCUGCUGAUGCUGAGCUCUUUGCUUGCUUGUUAGAGCGGAUAGCGAUGAUUCAUGGAGUGAUUGAUUGGUACGCAGUAUCUUAAUGACACAAAGAACCCCGUGGAACUCCGGAGCAAUACUGUAUGUAUGCACGUCGCGCAACUCAAUCUACUUACCUAGGUAGUCUAGUAUCGAUAAGUAGAGGAAGAAAGCAAUGCUGGAAUCUCUACCCAUGGCUACCUAGACAUUGUUUUCUCGUUUGGCGGAGAUUGCCGCCUUCGAUGCAAGAUGAUGAUCUCGUUCUGCCAGUUAUAUGUUUGAUAUCAACUAAGAGAAGCAUGUCCUGUACCUACGAUAGAUGUUAUCCGAUAGCGAAAUCUUUGCU